ACCAUUGUCAGCCCGAAAAGGGGGGCUUUUUUAGGGGGGGUGGAGGAAGAGGAGGAGGAGGAGGGAGGCGAUGAGCUAAAAGAUGCCGGGGUCGCUGAGCAAUGAAGACGAGGCACAGGACGACAUGGACUUUGAAGACGAGAUGCCAGACGAGGAGGACGUGUGCGCCACGCUUCCUCUCGCCUCCAUCGGCAGCUUCUUCUCGGACGACGACUCCCUCAAACAGCAGAAGAAGAAGAAGAGCAAAAAGACGAGAGAGGGAAAAGUGCCUAAAAUGAAAAAGCGGAAAAAGGAGGGCGCCAUCGCAGCCAGCGUGGACAGCGAGCAAGACCGGACGUCGGAGGCGGAGGAGGAGUGUGCCGCCGACAGAGGCUCCGAGAGCGAUAGCAGCAUGUUCAGCCCCACCAAGAAGAAGAAGAAGAAACCCAAGGAGAAGAAGGAGAGGAAGCCCAGGAAGAAGAAGAGAGACGAGGAAGACGAGGACGAGGACGACGGGAGCAUGAAAGAGCCCAAAUCCUCCAGCCAGCUGAUGCAGGAGUGGGGCCUGGAGGACGUCCAGUACGGCUUCACCGAGGACGACUACAAGACCAUCACCAACUACAAGGCUUUCAGCCAGUUCCUCAGGCCUCUCAUAGCCAAGAAGAACCCCAAGAUCCCCAUGUCCAAGAUGAUGACAGUGCUGGGGGCCAAGUGGCGGGAGUUCAGCGCCAACAACCCUUUCAAGGGCGCCUCUGCUACCGCCGUCGCCGCCGCCGUCGCCGCCGCCGUGGAAACUGUUACUGUGGCUCCGCCGAACCCCGUCGGCCAGCUCGCCGCUCAGCCGGGGCCCGUCAAAAAAGCCAAAACCAAAGAGGGGAAAGGUCCUGGAGUUCGAAAGAGAAGCAAGACUGUGAAAGACGUGAAGAAGAAAGUGAAGCCCAAGAAGACCAAAUCCAAGUCGGGCCAAAGCGGGAAGAAGAAGAAGGCGUCCUCGAGCGAGGAGGACUUCCUGGAGGAGUCCGACUUUGACGACCUCAGCAUCCUCAGUGCCUCCGUGCUUUGUGACACCUUGGGGGCCGCCGCUAAGAAAAAGGGCCGACGCGGGCGCAAAAAAAGAAAACGGGAGGACGGCGACGGCUACGAGACGGACCACCAGGACUACUGUGAGGUGUGCCAGCAGGGCGGCGAGAUCAUCCUGUGCGACACCUGUCCCCGAGCCUACCACCUGGUGUGCCUGGAGCCCGAGUUGGAGAAGGCCCCCGAGGGCAAAUGGAGCUGCCCACACUGUGAGAAGGAGGGGAUCCAGUGGGAGGCCAAAGACGAGGAGGACGAGGAAGAGGAGGAGGCGGUGGCGCGGGAGGAAGAAGACGACCACAUGGAGUUUUGCCGCGUGUGUAAAGACGGAGGAGAGCUGCUGUGCUGCGACACCUGCCCGUCCUCCUACCACAUCCACUGCCUCAACCCGCCGCUGCCCGAGAUACCCAACGGGGAGUGGUUGUGUCCACGCUGCAUGUGCCCUCCCCUGAAGGGCAAAGUCCAAAAGGUUCUUCACUGGAUGUGGGGCGAGGCGCCACUGCCCCCGGAACCGCCCCUGGGCCCGGACGGCCAGCCCGGCGCGGACCCGCUAAGCAGGCCUCCGCUCAAGGGCCACCCCGAGAGGGUGUUCUUCGUCAAGUGGGCCGCACUCUCCUACUGGCACUGCUCCUGGGUCAGCGAGCUGCAGUUGGAACUCUACCACACCGUCAUGUACCGCAACUACCAGCGCAAAAACGACAUGGACGAGCCCCCGCCGUACGACUACGGCUCCGGCGAGGAGGAGCUCAACAACGAGAAGAGGAAGAGCAAAGACCCCCAGUACGCCGCCAUGGAGGAGCGCUUCUACCGAUACGGAAUCAAACCCGAGUGGAUGGUCAUCCACCGCGUGCUCAACCACAGCCUGGAUAAAGACGGCGAGGUGCAUUACCUGAUCAAGUGGAGGGACCUGCCUUAUGACCAGUGCACCUGGGAGGUGGACCACUUUGACCUGCCAGAAUACCACAGCCAUAAGGCUUCCUACUGGGACCACAGGGAGCAAAUUCUCGGGGAGGACCAGCGCCCUCUGGUGGUGAGAAAGGACAAGAAGCUGAAAGAGGACCACGGGAAGAGGGAGAUUCCUCCAGACGCUCCCAUCAUUGACCCCACGAUCAAGUUUGAGCACCAGCCGUGGUACAUCAACGCCACCGGGGGAACGCUGCACCCGUACCAGCUGGAGGGUCUGAACUGGUUGAGGUUCUCCUGGGCGCAGGGCACCGACACCAUCCUGGCCGACGAGAUGGGUCUGGGGAAGACGGUGCAGACCAUCGUUUUCCUCUACUCCCUUUACAAAGAGGGCCACUCCAAGGGACCAUUCCUGGUGAGCGCGCCCCUCUCCACCAUCAUCAACUGGGAGCGGGAAUUUGAGAUGUGGGCUCCGGAUUUCUACGUGCUGACGUACAUCGGGGACAAGGACAGCCGCGCCAUCAUCCGGGAGAACGAGUUCACCUACGAGGACAGCGCGGUCAAGCUGGGACGAAAGGCCUUCCGCAUGAAGAAAGACACGCCCAUCAAGUUCCACGUGCUGCUGACCUCCUACGAGUUGAUCACCAUUGAUCAGGCCAUCUUGGGCUCCAUCACCUGGGCCUGUCUGGUGGUGGACGAGGCCCACCGGCUGAAGAACAACCAGUCCAAGUUUUUCAGAAUCCUCAACGGAUACAAGAUCUACUACAAGCUGCUGCUCACUGGGACGCCGCUGCAGAACAACCUAGAAGAGCUUUUCCACCUUCUCAACUUCCUCACCCCGGAGCGCUUCAACAACCUGGAGGGCUUCCUGGAGGAGUUUGCCGACAUCUCCAAGGAGGACCAGAUCAAGAAGCUCCACGACCUGCUGGGGCCGCACAUGCUACGCAGGCUCAAAGCCGACGUCUUCAAGAACAUGCCCGCCAAGACCGAGCUGAUCGUCAGGGUGGAGCUCAGCCCCAUGCAGAAGAAGUACUACAAGUUCAUCUUGACGCGCAACUUCGAGGCGCUCAACUCCAAAGGCGGAGGCAACCAAGUGUCCUUGCUCAACAUCAUGAUGGACCUGAAGAAGUGCUGCAACCACCCCUACCUCUUCCCCGUGGCUGCUGUGGAGGCUCCAGUUUUGCCCAACGGCUCCUACGACGGCAACCAGCUGGUGAAGUCCUCGGGCAAGCUGACGCUCCUUCAGAAGAUGCUGAAGAAGCUGAAAGACGAAGGCCACCGAGUUCUCAUCUUCUCACAGAUGACAAAGAUGUUGGAUCUACUGGAGGACUUCCUGGAGUCCGAGGGCUACAAAUAUGAACGCAUCGACGGCGGCAUCACUGGAGGACUGAGGCAGGAAGCCAUUGACCGCUUCAACGCACCAGGAGCUCAGCAGUUCUGCUUCCUGCUGUCCACGCGAGCCGGAGGACUUGGCAUCAACCUGGCCAGUGCCGACACGGUCAUCAUCUACGACUCGGACUGGAACCCUCACAACGACAUCCAAGCUUUCAGCAGAGCUCACCGCAUCGGACAGAACAAGAAGGUGAUGAUCUACCGCUUUGUGACGCGCGGCUCGGUGGAGGAGAGGAUCACGCAGGUGGCCAAGAGGAAGAUGAUGCUGACCCACCUGGUGGUCCGACCCGGCCUGGGCUCCAAAACCGGGUCCAUGUCCAAGCAGGAGCUGGACGACAUCCUCAAGUUCGGAACGGAGGAGCUCUUCAAGGACGAGAUGGAGGCGGCCCGGACCAUGGGGGACAACAAGGACGGCGAGGAAGGCAACGUGAUCCACUACGACGACGACGCCAUCUCCAAGCUGCUGGACCGCAGCCAAGACGCCACGGAAGACACGGAGAUCCAGAACAUGAACGAGUACCUCAGCUCCUUCAAGGUGGCCCAGUAUGUGGUGAAGGAGGAGGAUGGAGAGGAGGAGGUGGAGCGGGAGAUCAUCAAGCAGGAAGAGAACGUGGACCCGGACUACUGGGAGAAACUCCUGCGCCAUCACUAUGAGCAGCAGCAGGAGGACCUGGCACGCAACCUGGGCAAGGGCAAACGCAUCCGCAAGCAGGUCAACUACAACGACACCACCCAGGAGGACCAAGACAACCAGUCGGAGUACUCUGUGGGGUCCGAGGACGAGGACGAAGACUUCGAGGAGAGGCCGGAAGGUGGGCGGCGGCACUCUCGCAGACAGCUGAGGAACGAGAGGGACAAACCUCUGCCGCCCCUGCUGGCCCGCGUUGGCGGCAGCAUUGAGGUGCUGGGCUUCAACACGCGGCAGCGGAAGGCUUUUCUGAACGCCAUCAUGCGCUGGGGCAUGCCCCCCCAGGACGCCUUCACCUCCCACUGGCUGGUGCGCGACCUGAGAGGCAAGAGUGAGCGCGAGUUCAGGGCCUACGUGUCUCUGUUCAUGAGACACCUGUGCGAGCCAGGCGCCGACGGAGCCGAGACCUUCGCCGACGGCGUCCCGCGAGAAGGUCUCUCUCGCCAGCACGUGCUCACCAGGAUUGGAGUCAUGUCGCUGGUCAGGAAGAAGGUGCAAGAGUUCGAGCACGUCAACGGGAGGCUGAGUUCUCCAGACCUGAUCCCCAUCGGCAUGGAGCUCAAGAAGCUGACGGACAGCGUGUCGUCCGAUCCUAACACGCCUCUGCAGGCCAGUCCGCUCGCCACGCGACCCGGGACCCCGGUCCCAGCAGAGAAGUCGGAGUGUCCCGCUGAGGACAAGGACACCAGCCAGCAAGAAAGUAAGAAACAGACUGAGCAGGAAGCCUCUGCAGAGGCAGGAGGGGAGCGUGUCUGUGGGGAGGAGCCAGCCAGGCCGGCACGCCAAGAGGUGGAGGAGGCGACCACGAGGACACACCAGGAGGUGGAGGAGGCGACCACGAGGACACACCAGGAGGUGGAGGUGACCACGAGGACACACCAGGAGGUGGAGGCGACCACGAAGACACGCCAAGAGGUGGAGGCGACCACGAAGACACGCCAAGAGGUGGAGGCAACCACGCGGGCACACCAAGAGGUGGAGGCGACCACGAGGACACACCAGGAGGAGGAGCCAGUGGUCGAGGGCAAGGAGGUUAAGGUGGACUGUGAGGAAAAAAGAGACGUCAAGGAGACGGACACGAGCCCGGCGUCCUGCAAAGCCAGCGAGAAGACAACAUCCGGGCACAAGUCGCCUCAAAAGGAGCCCGACAAGGAGCCAGAGAAGCCAUCAGAGGGAGGAGAGGCUGAGGAAAAGGACAACAAAGCUGAUGAACUGAAAGGCGGCGACGCUGCGGACGGGCGGGUCAACGGCGACAAGGACGCGCUGGAGGAAGUGGAGGAGGGCAGGAAGGAGGAGAAAAAUGGAUUCAAGGCAAAGUUCAUGUUUAAUAUUGCAGAUGGAGGUUUUACAGAGUUACACACCUUGUGGCAGACGGAGGAGCGGGCGGCGUUGUCGUCAGGAAAGAUGCACGACAUCUGGCACCGUCGCCAUGACUACUGGCUGUUGGCGGGCAUCGUCACGCACGGUUACGCCCGCUGGCAGGAUAUUCAGAACGAUCCACGCUACGCCAUCCUCAACGAACCUUUCAAGACGGAGAUGCACAAGAGCAACUAUUUGGAGAUGAAGAACAAGUUCCUGGCUCGACGCUUUAAGUUGUUGGAGCAGGCGCUGGUCAUCGAGGAGCAGCUGAGGCGGGCGGCCUACCUGAACAUGAGCCAGGACCCCAGCCACCCGGCCAUGGCUCUCAACACCCGCUUCACCGAGGUGGAAUGUCUGGCCGAGUCCCACCAGCACCUGUCCAAAGAGUCCCUCGGCGGGAACAAGCCGGCCAACGCCGUGUUGCACAAAGUGCUAAACCAGCUGGAAGAGCUCCUGAGCGACAUGAAGGCGGACGUGACGCGACUGCCCAACAUGCUGUCCCGCAUCCCGCCCGUCUCCGCCCGCUUGCACAUGUCCGAGCGCACCAUCCUGAGCCGUCUCACCAGCCGGGGCAGCGAACCCCCGCUGCAGCAGACUUUCAGCCAGGGAGGUUUUGCCUGCUCCCAGAUGUACGGCAACACCUUCGGCGCCGCGUUCAGGGGCCCAGGUGGACAAGCCCUGGUCAACUACAGCCAGAUGCCUCUGGGGCCCUACGUCAGCGUGUCAAACGGCCCGCCCCCCAGCCACCUGGACAAGAAGACCUUGGAGUCCUUGAGAGACGUGGCCACGCCUGACCUCAAGUCGGGCAAAGCCGGCGACGUCAUCUGCAUCGAGGACUAAUGCGGCCUCCGCACUUUCUUCUCCCUGCCUGCCCUGAUGACCACCUCCUUCUCCUUUCCUUCGCCAGACACGUCCCACGCAGGAGAAUUGCACUUUGACCUUUCAGGAGUCCUUUUUUUAUUUUAAACUCAACAUUUUGAGGGGUGUGGACCUCGGACAUGUUGUUCCCAUGCCGGGCUCCAUCUCAUCCUAAAUGUGUUUUUUCAGCCCGUCUGUGGAGACUCUUUGGAGCGCUGAGACAACUUUGUUAAGAGGACGAGAAGAAGAACAAUUAGUGUUGUUGAUUUGCUGUGGGCCUGGAAGGGUGCCACCUGCUGGUGUUCUGCAGGAAGUGCCCGCUUUCUUUACCUCAUGUGAACAUCUGCAGGGGAGGACUGCAUCAGUACCAGUACCAUCCACGUGAAAAGGACUGCACCGGUACCAGUACCAUCCACAUGAAAAAGAUCCCAGCAGUACCAGUACCAUCCAUGUGAGUCCUCCUCCCUUUCAGUCUUUCAAGUGCUAGAUGCACAAUAGCAGGGGUGUCCAAAGUGCGGCCCGGCGGCCAUUUUUUAACAGCCCUACGGCACAUUUUAAAAAUACGAUUGAAAAAAUUCAAAGCAUAAAAAGUGUUAUAAGAGAGCAAACGGGUGGAAUGUAACAAGAAAAUGUUGCAAUGUUGACUCUAAUAACACAAAGCUGCCAUGCAGGCUGUUUCUUUCUUUAAAACAUAAUAAUCAAUCAAAAUCAAUGUCAUUAUGAAUUAUUGACCUAUUCAAGGCUCCAAUUACGUCACAUUAAAUAUUCCACUUUGAGAUAUUUUGGGGGAAAAUUAGCUUUUUUGUGUUUGCCACAUAAAAACUUUUUUUUUUUUUUUUUUUAAAUAAGGGCCAAAAACGAACAAACAAAAAACAUAAACAUCAAUACAGCUUAUGAUUAACAUAGAUCUGAAGAUGAUCUCGCGGUUAUUAUGUUAAAAGUAAACAGUAAAAAAAUAAAUAUUAUUUUUUAACACUUUAAUGAGUAGGACCCUUUUGGAUCCCCAAUAAUUUUGGUGUGAUUUGUUUUUAAGUGUCAUUGCUCAAAAAUAAUAAUGAAUUAAAAUCAAUGGUGUUACGAGUUUUUGACCUUUUUAAGGCUCCAAUUAUUAUAUAAUCUCAAAUAUUCCACUUAAAAAUGUUAUUGGGUGAAAAUAUUGCAUAUUUGGUGUUUUUUCCAUAAAAAACAGGGUUUUUCUUUGACAAAAAGAGCAUACAACUUAAAUCUUUAAAAAUGUUAUAAUAACAGAAUGACAUAAUGUUGAUCUAGAGAUUUAAAACCUGAAAAAUAAUACAAAUAAUAAUACUGAAUAAUGACACAUUUUUAAUAUUUUUUGGACCAAAAUCCUAUGGGGACUGAGUGGAGGCCUGAAUGUAUAUUUUUUAUACAUUUAUUGUAUUGGUUUUUAAAAUCAAAACAAUAUCAGAAUGGCCCCCGCUUGCUUUGAUUUUUCAGUGUGCGGCCCUUAGUGGAAAAAGUUUGGACACCCCUGCACUAUAGACUCUUGUGGACAAUUUGCCUCGUUAAAAGUGACGGGCGGUCUUAUUAAUUGAAGCGUUUCAUUGGCCGUCUGCUUCCUGUUUCGACCUACUCGCAGAGCGCAAGUGACGCCUGUUCCUCUUGUCACGUGACCUCGGACUGUGGCGGCCCUCGGGGUCAUGACCCUCAAACUUCAGGCCAGGACCUUCCAGAACCUUUCUUUUGAGCACACCAGGGGUCUCGUGUAAAGAGAGUUGAGCGGCGUUCCGACUAUAAAGGGCGUGGUGCGGUUGGGAGAGUGGCCGUGCCAGCAACCUGAGGGUUCCUGGUUCAAUCCCCACUUUUAUAACAACUUUGUCACGUCCAUUGUGUCCUUGAGCAAGACACUUCACCCUUGCUCCUGAUGGGUGGUGGUUAGGGCAGAACGUUGGCAGAGCGUGUUUACACAACAUGAAGAAAUGUCUCCAUGCAUCUCAACUUUGCCGGGAAAAGGAACGCACGCCAGGUUUUUUCUGGCUCAAAUUGAAUUUAUAUAGCGCUUUUCUCUAGUGACUCAAAGCACUUUUACAUAGUGAAAGCCAAUAUCUGAGUUCCAUUUCAAGCAGUGUGGGUGGCACUGGGAGCAGGUGGGUGAAGGGUCUUGCCCAAGAACACAACGGCAGUGAGUAGGUUGGCAGAAGCAGGGAUCGAACCUGGAACCUUCAAGUUGCUGGCACGGCCACUCUACCAACUGAACUAUACUGCCCACCUGAGAGAGUUUUUAUGCGUAAUCAAGCUUCUUAAAGGGGAACUGCACUUCUUUUAUUUAUUAUUUUGCCUGCCGUUCACAAUCAUUGUGAGAAACAAGAACACGUCUCUCUUUUUUUAGGAUUUUAAAGAUGAUAAAAGCUUGGAAAUGUGGAUAAUGUUAGUCACCGGUGUCGCCUUCAAAGUCCUCUACAACAACUUCAACACCCUCCAGCAAUGUUUUAUAUACACACUGCAAGUACAUAUUUAAUGUCUUCAAUAUUUACUGUGUUUUAGUCAUUUUAUUCAUUCCUGGGAAUUUUUUUUUUCCCCGCGCAUUGAUUUCGGUUUCCAUAGCAACGUAUGUCCGACUUCUGGCAACACAUUUUUGUACCUACUUUCUGAAACGAAUGCGAGUGUGUUUUAAUCAUGGCAGAUUUGGUAACGGACAACAGAGUGGACUCUGUUUAGACAACCUUAUCUUUUUGAAGCUGAGUAUACAGAGGAUGAACUGCUACUUUCUAGAAGCCAGCAGGAAGAGCAGAUGGAAGCCGAGAGAGUGAGGUGAAAGUGACUCUAAGAUUUAAAUGUGGAAUUUGGAGCCAAGCUAGUUUGCCAUAAAUAGAGUGCUUACCCAAAUAAUAAUAAACAACCUUGGCCAGCUGUAUCAAAGAGACAACUGUCCAUGGAGUGAGUCACUAUGAUAUUGAUCAUGAUAAACGCAGCACGUCAUGUGUGUUAUUACAACUACAGUACAUACACUGUCUGGCUUGCUGUGUACAAAGAAAAGAUGAAAUAAUACUUUACAUAUACUGUAUUAUGAUUGUUCAUGUUUUUCACUCAGUACAGAUUGCUUUCCUAUCACAGUGUUGUGUGUUACAAACUCAUACGUGUUUGGUGUGAAUGUACUUGCUGUAGUUAGCUUUUACGGCUAAUACCAUAGCAUGUGAUAAAAAGACUUCCUCAGUGUUCUCUCUUACAAUAACAAUGUUGUUGCAGUUUGUUAUAAUACAUGUAAAUGAAGUAUUGUUUUUGAAUGCAUUUUAAAGGGAUUUACAGGUUGAAUUGAUUGCUAACAUUAGCUGCGUUGCUAACCAGCAAGAACGAGACGAUUUUUACACGUUAGAAGGGUGAAAUAAAAACAACUUUUGUCUUCUUGUCUCUCAGAAUGAUUGUGAACGAUUCCCCCAAAAGUGCAGUUCCCCUUUAAAGGAGGCCCCUGGUGACCCCGGUCUUUUUCUUGCUGAAUCAACAAUUCUAUUUUAUUUGGUCGAGGGUCAAAGAUCAGUUAAGCAGUUUAAAAAAAAAGAGUUGAUUUCCCGUGUGUGAGAAGUUUUAUGUAAUAAAUGAUGUCCGAGGCUUGAGGUCAGAGGUCACAGAAUGUUUUCAUCACCUUUGCUAAUUAGUGAAGUUUGGAGGAUACUGACCUUUACGUUUAUUUACAUAAACACUGGGAAAACUCACAAUCUCCCCGAGUCGAGAUUUCUCAUUUCUCGUCCAAAUAUGUAAACAAAGUCAGAGCAAGUGGCUGAAUAGUCGUGUUCAGCGAGGCAUAAGAACUUGCUUUUAGGCAAGAGAUCUUCUGAGGAAAGCAAAAAAUACUUCUGACCCUCACAAGUUAGUUCAAACACACAACUUUGCAACACUGCUAAAUACAAAUAAUGAUACCUUUUAUUGCUCACUUUCCUUUUCAACAAAUCUUACCGAGACAAUUUUGACUUGUUUUUUUGCUCAUUUAAGUUAUUUUUGCCUGGAAUGAGCAAAAAAAAAAACAAUAUAUAUUUUUUAAAUUAAUAAAUAAAUGUAGAAAUGUUUACUUGGUGAAAUUGUGAGUUCCUCCAGUGAUAAACUUUUCUGUCCAGUUUAGCCAGUUUGCUUAUUUUCAACUUCAGUCCCUGGCAAAGUACGGUGUGAUACAAGUAGGGGUGUUUCACUUCCGGCACGAUACCGAUUAUUGGAGCAUAGCUUUUGAUAUAGUACGAUAUCAGCAGGCAUCGUGGUACAUACCUGUAUUACUUUGUAGUGUGGAACGUAAGAAAAUACUUGAUCAACAAUACUAACAUUACGAUGUCAAUGUUAGUUUGUUUUUGGUGACACCUAGUGGUCACAAUAAUUCAUGAAUAUACAGUAGGGAAGGGGUUCAUACGGCCCCGUUUCUGGGUGGAUCUCGCGUGAGAGGAAGAGGGUGAGGGUGGUUAGUCAUUUUGCAAUGCACUUCACGAUAUUCAACACUUUAAACUAGACAUGCCUGAUAAUAUCGGCCGAUAAAUGCUUUAAAAUGUAAUAUCGGAAAAUAUCAGUAUCGGUUUCCAAAAGUAAAAUGUAUCACUUUUGAAAACGCCGCUGUACAGAGUGGUACACGGACGUAGGGAGAAGUACAGAACGCCAAUAAACCUUAAAGGCCUUUGCGUGCCAGCCCAGUCACAUAAUAUCUACGGCUUUUCACAGACGCAAGUGAAUGCAAGCAUACUUGGUCAACGGCCAUACAGGUCACACUGAGGGUGGCUGUAUAAACAACACCAACACUGUUACAAAUAUGCGCCACACUGUGAAGCCACACCAAACAAGAAGGACAAAAACAUUUCGGGAAAACAUCCGCACCGUAACACAACAUAAACACAACACAACAAAUACCCAGAACCCCUUGCAGCACUAACUCUUCCGGGAUGCUACAAUAUACACCCCUGCUACCCCAUAUCCCUCCACCUCAACCUCCUCAUGCUCUCUCAGGGAGAGCAUGUCCCAAAUUCCGAGCUGCUGUCUUGAGGCAUGUUAAAAAAAAUAAUGCACUUUGUGACUUCAACAAUAAAUAUGGCAGUGCCUUGUUGGCAUUUCUUUCCAUAACUUGAGUUCACUUAUUUUGUAAAACCUUGUUACUUUGUUUAAUGCAUCCAGCGGGGCAUCACCCAAAAAAUGAGGCAUAAUAAUGUGUUCAUUCCACCACUGUAUAUAUCAGUAUCAGUUGAUAUUGGAAUCGGUAAUUAAGAGUUGGACAAUAUCAGAAUAUCGGCUAUGGGCAAAAAAGCCAUUAUCGGACACUUUCCGAAACUCUUUUGCCUCGGAGUCUUUGCACGUGUAAAGAAUGUCCGACUUUAAUUAUUUGUUUUUAGACUGCAAUGUUGUUCAUUGAAGGUCACUUAUCGCCUAUGUAUAGCUAGCGUGCUACGGUGCGCUUAGCUGUUGUGUGGCUGCUAGCUCCUAGUAGCCAUGUUUGCCUAAAUUAAAAUACAAGGAAAGAUCGACCUUGUUUGCUUAUUAGAGGACACUUGGAUGCUAACUGGCUUCGCACCGGUAAACAGAGCUAAUAUCCGUUUUUUGCUGAUAUCGCAUCGAUAUCAGUGUCGGAUGGGGACACCCCUAAAUAGACUACUCUUUUAUUUGCGUCUCACUCCUCCACCAAGCUGUUUUGUCGUUGCUCAAAGUCGGUGGUGUGCUGAGGACUCGCACUCUUUGCUCUGCCGCUCUCCUUCAAGGAGCCGCGCAGAACAAAACCUCAGAAACAGGUGACUAGAAUUUGGGGAGCGGGGCUUGGCGGUGAUGUCGGCGGCAAAACAUCGUGAUGACAUGCAAUCAAACUGGAGCCCGGGUAUGAAUGUAUUAAAAAAAAAAAGGCUUCAGUCUAAUAUAAACACGCUUAUGUACAUGCUUGGAAUUAAGUUGGCUUCAAAAGCCAAAGAAAAAGACCCUGACCAAGGCACCUUUGUUGCAGAAUGCACAUCUUUUUAUACAUGUGGCAUCUUUUUAUUUGUACUGUGUAUUUGUUUUGUGUGUUUUAAUAAAUCUUACAAUAACC